AUGGUGCCGCUUCCCAGACUGCUGAACCAUUUCGACGGAUGGGUUUUCGGUUUUCCCAAAGAGUCUGGCCAUACGCCACAUCGAGGCUGGGCAUAUCGUCGAGUCGAGUUACGAGCAAGAGCGAAGCCCCAUCCUCAGCAGCAUUGGCGCCGGCCUCGUUGGCCUAUCCUCAAGCUUCCACUCUUCUGGUUCGUCGGCUCAGUGCUUCUGGAGACCAGGUCCAUUUUGUCUGUUGGCUCCUUUCCAUCUCGUUUCUGGGUGUGGAGUUUGUUGGUAGUUUCAGAGCAGAUAGGAUUGGACACACGUUCUGCAUAA